AUGGCUACUACUACUAGGCGCCUCCACAUUGUCAUGUUCCCGUGGCUUGCCUUCGGCCACAUCAUCCCCUACCUCCAACUCUCCAAACUCAUCGCUCAAAGAGGCCACAAAAUCUCCUUCGUCUCCACCCCGAGAAACAUCGAUCGCCUACCCAAACUGCCCCCGCACCUCAUCUCCUCCAUCAACCUCGUCAAAAUCCCCCUCCCCACAACACCCGGCCUGCCGGAAAACGCCGAGGCCACCGCCGACAUCAACGCCGACCAGAUGGACUAUCUCAAGAAGGCCUUCGACAGCCUCCAGCCGGGUCUGACCCGCUUUCUCGAAGAAUCCGACCCGGAUUGGGUCAUCUACGACUUCUGCCCCCACUGGCUGCCGCCCAUCGCAGCCCGCCUUGGGAUCUCUCGGGCCUUCUUCUUCAUCAUCAACGCCUGGUUUCUCGCCUUUGCCGGGUCGUCCGAGUCUUUGAUUAGCGGGUCGGAUUACAGGGUUAGGCUCGAGGAUUUUAUGGUUCCUCCGAAAUGGGUCAAGUUUGAAACCAGAGUCGCGUACCGCAGGUUCGAAGCGAACUGGAUUGUCGGGGCGGCCCUCACCAGCAACUCCGGGUAUUCGGAUUUUUUCCGGACGGGUAAAGCAAUUGUCGGGUCGGAAGCUGUUGUUUUGAGGCACUGCUAUGAAUUCGAACCCGAUUGGUUGCCUCUACUUGAGGAGCUUCACCAAAGGCCGGUUUUUCCCCUCGGCUUAAUGCCGCCUAAACUUCCACAACACGACAAAUCUCAGAAGGAAAACAACGAAGACAAUGAUGAUGAAACAUGGGUUCCGAUCAAGAGCUGGCUGGACGGUCAGAACAAAGGUUCGGUGGUCUAUGUGGCGCUGGGGAGCGAGGUGAAUCCGAGUCGGGAACAACUCAGUGAUUUGGCUCACGGGCUCGAGUUGUCCGGGGUCCCUUUCUUCUGGGUUUUGAGGAAGCCGUCCGGGUCAACGGGUUCUGACCCGGUUGAGCUUCCGGAUGGGUUCGAGGAGAGGGUGAAGGGCCGGGGGAUUGUGUGGCGGAGUUGGGUGCCACAGCUGAGGAUACUGGGUCAUGACUCGGUGGGCGGGUUCUUGACUCACUGCGGCUGGAGCUCUAUUCUGGAGGGGUUAUUGUUCGGACACCCGCUGAUCACGCUGCCAUUUUUGGUUGACCAAGGUCUGAAUUCGAGAAUUGUUGAGCAGAGGCAACUGGGUUUGGAGAUUCCGAGGAACGAGGAGGACGGGUCGUACACACGCUACUCGGUGGCUGACACGGUGAAGCUGGUGAUGGUCGAAGAUGAGGGAAAGAAGUUCAGGAAGAGCGCUAAAGAGAUGGCGGUAAUAAUUGGGGAUACCGAAUUGCAUGAUGGAUACAUUGAAAAGUUCAUUGAUUUCCUCGAAAAUCAUAGAAAAAGUUCAGUUUCUUGA